AUGCAAUAUACUCCUUCUUUACCUUCCACCACCGCCGUCUCACCGGAAAUGUCUGACGUGUCACGCCGCAAAAUAACCACCACCAACAUUCACAUAAUGGCCUUAGACGGCAUCGUGAACGUGAAUUCACUCUUCACGUUAGCACUCUUCCUCGGCAUAACAACCACCAACACAAACAACAUCCUCACCGGCAGCGACGCCGCCUGCGUCGCCGGAACCUCCGUUUCUGAAGGUCUCAUGGCGUUCCACGUGUACUCAUUUAGCUGCUUCCUCUUCUCUAGCCUCAUCGCCUUGGCUCUCAAAAACGUCAUCAACAUCAGCAGCGGCGUCUUCGAAGCUGAAGGUCUGGGUGCGGUGCAUGGUUUCAGCUUGGUUGGGGAAGUAAACAUGGUGGCUUUGAGGGUGGGGACUCUGGUUUCGGCUUUUGGAUCGGUUUUCGGAUGUGGGUUUUUGGUAAUGGCUUUGGUGGAUUUGGUGCAGAUAAAGUUGGGAACUUUGGCUUGUGGGAGUUAUUAUACUUUGGCUGCCAUAACUCCUAUGCUUAUUCUUGUUCCCACUGCACUGCUUAUCUAUGUUAUUCUCGUGCUCUAUGCAUUUACUCGUUAG